GGGACAGUGUGGUCAGCUGAGCCCCCGUGGGUCACGGCCUUCCGGGCUCCGACUCCGUCCCGUAAGGACACAAAGUAGUUCGUUUAUAACUCGUAUGUAUGGCUGACAGAGAGCCCGUGCGACAUCUUACUGGGUUUUCCCGGCAUUCCUCCCCCCUUUGCCCGUCCUUGCCCUUCACGGAGAGGAGUUCAUGGCGCCUGAGAGGGACACUUGACUACCUUACACAUUCAUUUCAGUCGUUGCAGGGCACACGUCUUUUCUGGUACCUUGUUGUUAAAAACAGCACUUAGUCACAAUUGCCUCCAGGAUGAGGAAAGAGGCUCCAAUCUUGCAGCCCUCCAACAAUGGGGACCGCUACGAGCUCACAAGCCCCACGGCGAUGCCCAAGGCAGGGGGCUUCCUUUGGAACCAGAAGAUGAUGAUCCAGAUCACCUGCCGCGGGUAUGCCACGGCGCAGUUCAUGCAGCCCGAGCCGGCGAAGUAUGCCCAUGCGCCGAACAUCGAGGCCAAAACGUUCAUGCAGCCGGAGCAAAACUACUACGCCCACCACCCCGGCCGCUUCGUCUACAUCAAGGACCUUGAGACCGGACAGCUCUUCUCGGCGCCGUACGAGCCUGUGCGCGCCAGUCUCGACCGCUUCGUCUUCUCUGUUGGCAAGAGCGAUGUUGCCUGGGCCGUCGAGCACAUGGGUAUCCGCGUCGAGAUGGUUAUGGGCCUGCCGACCCACGACGUGGCCGAGCUGUGGACCAUCAAGGUGACCAACAUUUCCGGCCGCCCCCGCAAGAUCAGCGUGACGCCCUACUUCCCCAUCGGCUACAUGUCGUGGAUGAACCAGUCGGCCGAGUGGAAUCCGGACUUGGUGGGCGUCGUGGCCAGCAGCGUCACGCCCUACCAGAAGGCCACCGACUACUUCAAGAACAAGUACCUCAAGGACAAGACGUACUUUUUGUGCGAGACCCCGCCAGAUUCGUGGGAGGCAAGUCAGGAAGCGUUCGAGGGCGAGGGAGGGCUCCACAACCCGUCCGCCCUGCAGGAACCGCAGCUGAGCAACAGCGAUGCGCGGUACGAGACGCCGACAGCCGCUGUGCAGUACCGCGUCGCGCUCGAGGCCGCCGAGGACCAAGAGUACCGCUUCAUGUUCGGGCCCGCCUACGACGAGGCUGAGAUUCGCACCAUGCGAUCCCGGUAUCUGAGCAAGCAGGCGUUUGUGCGGACGGCGGACGAGUAUGCCGCCUACAUGGAGCGCGGCCGCGGCUGCUUGCGCAUCGAGACGCCCGACAAGGAACUCGACAACUUUGUCAACAACUGGCUGCCCCGCCAGGUGUACUACCAUGGCGACGUCAACCGCCUGACCACGGACCCGCAGACACGCAACUACUUGCAGGACAACAUGGGCAUGAACUAUAUCAGGCCCGAAGUGGCUCGCGGCGCCUUCCUCAAGGCCCUUUCCCAGCAAGAGGCAAACGGGUCCAUGCCCGACGGGAUCCUUCUCGCCGAGGGCGCGGAGCUCAAGUACAUCAACCAGAUCCCGCACACCGACCACUGUGUCUGGCUGCCCCUCACCCUGGACGUGUAUCUCGGGGAGACCGGCGACUACGGUCUACUAAAGGAGCCCGUCCGCACAGAGAAUGGGGACAACUUCACCGUAUUCGAGCGCGUCAGCCGCGCCAUGGACUGGCUGCUCAAGUCGCGCGAUGAGCGCGGCCUCAGCUACAUCGCGCAGGGCGACUGGUGCGACCCGAUGAACAUGGUCGGCUACAAGGGGAAGGGCGUGUCCGGAUGGCUCACUCUUGCGACCGCUUACGCCUUGAAUCUCUGGGCCGACGUCUGCGACCAUGAAGGUGCCGCCGACCUGGCGAACCGCUACCGUGCCGGCGCCCAAGACUGCAACGCCGCCGCCAACAAGCACCUCUGGGACGGCGACUGGUUCGCCCGCGGCAUCACCGACGACGGCGUCGUCUUCGGCAUCAAAAAGGACCCGGAGGGCCGCAUCUGGCUCAACCCGCAAUCCUUCGCUAUCCUCGGCGGCGCCGCCAGCCCCCAACAAAUCGCGCGCAUCCUGCCGCAAGUUGACGCUCAACUGACCACCCCCUACGGCGUGCUCAUGUGCGCUCCACCCUUCACCAAGAUGCGCGAGGACAUCGGCCGGGUCACGCAGAAGGCCACCGGCUCGGCCGAGAACGGCGCCGUCUACAACCAUGCCGCCGUCUUCUACGUCUACAGCCUGUACCAGCUCGGCGGCCAGCACGACCGCGCCUACACCCAUCUGCGCCAGCUGCUCCCCGGCCCCUCCGAGGCCGACUACCGCCAGCGCGGCCAGCUGCCCAUCUACAUCCCCAACUACUACCGCGGCGGCUGGCGCGAGUUCCCCCGCACCGCCGGCCGCUCCAGCCAGCUGUUCAACACGGGCACCGUGUCGUGGGCGUACCGGUGCGUGAUCGAGGGCCUGUGCGGCCUGCGCGGCGAGCCCGAUGGCCUGGCCAUCCGCCCGCAGCUGCCGAGCGCGUGGGACGCGAUCAAGGUGACCCGCGAGUUCCGCGGUGCCACGUUCCAGUUGGAUAUCCGGAGGGGGGAUGUCAGCGAGGUGACGGUCAGGAUUGGGGAGCAGGUCCUGCCGCAGCCCAAGGUCACGGACAUCAAGGUCGGUGAGACCUACCGACUUUCGGUGCUGGUGCCCAAGUAGGUGGGACCUUGGCUCCUCGACGCCGUGGUUUGUUUUGGUCUGUUCUGGUCUCGAAGGAUUAAAAGGGGAAUGCCGCGAUUCG